UUUUUUUUAGCUAUUUUUAAGGGAUGCAAAACUAUAGUAAAUUCACAUUCCAUCAAAGACAAUUUCUGAGUUACAUAUAAAUUAUAAUAAGCAGCAAGAAAUGGGGUCUUUAUCUACCAUAGAUGUACCAUUGAGGUAUCCGAAAGCACGACGUGAUGAAUGUGUUAUAGAUUACUACCAUGGUCUCCCUGUUUCUGAUCCUUACAGAUGGUUGGAAGAUCCGGAUUCAGAAGAGACUAAAGAAUUUGUGAAGAAUCAAGUGGAAGUGACUGAAUCUCUGCUUAAAAGCUGUGAAACAAGAGAGAAGAUCAAGGAAAGGUUAAACGAGGUUUUCGAGUUUGAAAGGUUUCAAGUGCCUUUCAAACGUGGUGACAAAUACUUCUACUUCCAUAACAAAGGUCUUCAGCCCCAAGAUGUGCUCUAUGUUCAGGAUAGUUUGGAUGGCGAACCAAGAGUGCUGCUCGAUCCAAAUGUUCUUAGCGAGGAUGGAACCGUGUCUCUCCACAUUUGUGUAGUGAGCGAGGAUGCUAAAUACUUGGCAUAUGGCCUAAGCAUUAGUGGAAGUGAUUGGAUUACCCUCAAAGUGAUGAGUGUCGCGGACCAAACUACCCUGUCAGACACUAUAAGAUGGGUCAAGUUCAGUGGUGUUGCCUGGACUCAUGAUAACAAAGGCUUUUUCUACAGCCGAUAUCCUGCCCCAAAAGGAGAUGGUGCAGAUUGUGGCACUGAAACGAAAAUUAAUCUGAAUCAUGAACUAUAUUACCAUGUUCUUGGUACGGACCAGUCUGAAGAUAUUCUAUGCUGGAAGGAUCCUGAACAUCCUAGAUACAGAUUUUACCCUCGUGUAACUGACGAUGGAAAGUAUCUUCUUCUGCAAAUUGAGGAAAACUGUGAGGAAGUGAACAAACUCUAUUAUCUGAAUCUUUCUUCCCAACCUGCAAAUGAUGACCUUAGAAGUACCCAAGAUGCAAAUGGCUUGCUUCCAUUUACAAAACUUGUUGAUGAGUUAGAUGCACUCUAUCACUAUGUUACCAAUGAUGAUAGAGUGUUUACCUUCCAAACAAACAAGAAUGCUCCAAGAUGCAAGCUUGUACGCGUUGAUCUAAAACAACCGAAUGUUUGGACUGACGUACUCUCAGAAUCUGAAAAGGAUGUACUAGUAUCAGCUGAGGUUGCUAAUCAAAACAAACUUAUUGUAUGUUACUUGAGAGACGUGAAGCAUGUACUCGAGAUCAGGGAUCUUCAGACAGGGGCUUUUCUACAUCAUUUACCCAUAGACAUUGGCACUGUUAGAAUUAGUGCAAGGAGAAAUGACAGUACGGUGUUUGUAUCAUUUACUAGCUUCCUAACCUUCAACAUAACAUACCAUUGUGACUUAGCAACAGAUAUUCCAGAAAUGAAGAUAUUCCGAGAAAUUUCUGUUCCUAAUUUUGAUCACUCUGACUUUAAGAUUGAUCAGGUUUUCGCACCCAGCAAAGAUGGCACAAAGAUACCAAUGUUCAUAGUGGCUAGAAAAGAUAUAGUUUUGGAUAAAUCAAAUCCAUGUUUACUAUAUGCUUAUGGUGGAUUUAACGUUAGUCUAACACCGGGUUUUAGUGUAAUUCGUACAAUUCUUCUGAAACACUUGGGUGUCAUAUUCUGCCUGGCAAAUAUUCGUGGUGGUGGGGAGUAUGGCGAAGAAUGGCAUAGAGAAGGAACCUUAGAAAGAAAACAGAAUUGCUUUGAUGAUUUUGUAGCUGCUGCUGAGUUUCUUAUCUCAAAUGAUUAUACACAGCCUUCAAAACUGUGCAUCGAAGGUAGAAGCAAUGGCGGUCUACUAAUUGGUGCUUGCAUAAAUCAGAGGCCAGAUCUUUUCGGGUGUGCUUUGGCUCAUGUUGGUGUCAUGGACAUGCUUAGAUUUCACAAAUUUACUAUCGGCCAUGCUUGGACUGCGGAUUUUGGUUGUUCAGAUAAAGAGGAAGAUUUUAAUUCGAUAAUUAAAUAUUCACCGCUUCAUAAUGUUAGAAGGCCAUGGGAAAACUGUUGUGGGCGAUACAUACAGUAUCCGGCAACCAUGUUACUGACGGCUGAUCAUGAUGACCGCGUUGUACCAUUGCACUCGCUUAAGUUGCUAGCAACUAUGCAAUAUACACUUUGUACAAGCGUGACAAGGAGUCCGCAGAUAAAUCCAAUAGUAGGGCGGAUUGAAUGCAAGGCUGGUCAUGGAUGUGGGCGUCCAAUACAAAAGGAGAUUGAUGAAGCUGCUGACAGGUAUAGUUUUAUGGGUAAGAUGGUGGAUGCUGCAUGGAAUGAUUAGUUUUAUGGUACUAAACCAUCUAACAAGUUGAUGUAAUUAGCAAUUUAAAUGAAUUCCUGAGCCUAAUGGCUCACUAAUCACUAUAGCCAAACUACGACCAGUGUUUAACACGCGGAGAAGCUUAGGCCUUUUCACAUUAUAGUUUAACACGUCCUUUGGUGGAUUCAGGAUCAAUUUCAGUAGAUAACACUAAACACUGUGUAGUUGCUUCGAUUGACUGCUGAAUAAAUGUUCUAAUGUACGGAGUAUGCUUUGGCUUGGAUCGUCUUGUAGUUUGGGCUUCAAUUAUUACGGAGUAUUUAUUAAUGAUCUUAACUUGUUCUAUGAA